UUGGGAAUCCUCGUUUAAUUGCUUUCUGGAUUUCAUUUCUUAGUUCCGUUUUUUUCUUUUUCCAUCUGUUCUCUGGAAUUUCCCGCUUACUGAAUCUCUCUGCUUCUUGUUUUGGUGGCAUACUUUGUAGUUUUUGUUACGCAAACCCUAAUGAGUAACUAAGAGGGCUUCUCUGUUGUGGGAGUAAGGAGGAUUGAGCUGCUUCUUCCCUCUGUGAAGAGUGAAGACAGAUACCUUCGAUUGAGCUGAGAUGAUCAUGGUUCCGACAUUUGAUGCUAUAAAGGGUGGUGGAGGCUCUGUCGGGAUAGGAGCCACUGGGACUAUCAGUUCUUUGAUGAACAGGGAAUUGGCUUCUGUUAAACGGUCACCACAGUCACCAAAAUCUUCUCUAAGAAGAUCUCCAACAAUCCCAGUUUCGGUUCCUUGUGUUUCUAGGCCUAAAAGGCAACAGAGACCUAUAGUGAAUGAAGCAACCACUAGUGGCAGCAGCAAGAAGGCACAUAGUGUUCCAAUGCUUGGAUCUGAAGAUGUUGUUGAUAAUAGUCAUAACAGAAAGAAAACUGAUAAGAAAGGAUCUUACAUAGUGGAAGUUGUUGAUAUAAAAUGCGGAAGCCAAGAGAAACCAUGGUCCAACUCAAUCACCCACAAGCUCCGGAAACUUUCUUUCUCAAAGCUUUCUCAGAGCAUUAGCUAGAGCUUUAAUUUGUUCACGUCGGCCUUCAGGAUUGUGUAAGAGAAGCUAGGAACACCAUUGGGUCGAUUACUAUCAGCAACAUCCACUAGAGAACAGAUGCUGGGUAGAAGCAUGCCUCCAGUUGUGCCCCCUUUCUUCUUCUU